AUGUCCCUGACUGACAAACAUAAAGUGAAGAGACAGCGACUGGACCGGAUCUGCGAAGGUAUUCGGCCCCAAAUCAUGAACGGGCCUAUGCAUCCGCGCCCGCUGGUGGCACUGCUGGAUGGGCGCGACUGCACCGUGGAGAUGCCCAUCCUGAAAGACUUAGCAACCGUUGCCUUCUGCGAUGCCCAGUCAACACAGGAGAUCCACGAGAAGGUUCUAAAUGAGGCAGUGGGAGCCAUGAUGUACCACACCAUCACCUUGACCAGAGAGGACCUGGAGAAGUUCAAAGCCCUACGCAUCAUCAUUCGCAUCGGCAGCGGAUAUGACAACAUCGACAUAAAGGCAGCUGGAGAACUAGGGAUUGCUGUGUGCAACAUUCCCUCUGCAGCCGUGGAGGAGACGGCCGAUUCCACCAUUUGUCACAUCCUGAACCUCUACAGGCGAAACACCUGGCUCUAUCAAGCUCUCCGGGAGGGCACGAGGGUCCAGAGCGUGGAACAGAUCCGCGAGGUGGCCUCUGGUGCCGCUCGCAUCCGUGGCGAAACCCUCGGCCUCAUCGGAUUUGGUCGUUUGGGUCAGGCGGUGGCCGUCCGGGCUAAGGUCUUCGGCUUCAACAUCAUCUUCUACGACCCAUACCUGCAGGACGGACUGGAGCGCUCGUUGGGCGUGCAGCGCGUCUACACCCUGCAGGACCUGCUCUACCAGAGCGACUGCGUCUCCCUGCACUGCAACCUGAACGAGCACAACCAUCAUCUCAUCAACGACUUCACCAUCAAACAGAUGCGUCAGGGCGCGUUUCUGGUCAACACCGCGCGGGGAGGCCUGGUGGACGAGAAAGCUCUGGCCCAGGCGCUGAAGGAGGGCAGGAUACGGGGAGCCGCCCUGGACGUCCAUGAAACUGAACCCUUUGCAUUUGCACAAGGCCCUCUGAAAGACGCACCAAACCUGAUCUGCACGCCUCACACAGCCUGGUACAGUGAGCAGUCUUCUCUGGAAAUGAGGGAGGCGGCUGCCACUGAAAUCCGAAGAGCCAUCACAGGACGAAUCCCCGAUAGUCUACGAAACUGUGUGAACAAGGAGUUUUUUGUUACCACGGCACCCUGGGGAGUUAUGGAGCAACCAGGCGUUCACCCUGAGCUCAACGGCGCUGCCUACAGAUAUCCGCCGGGUGUUGUUGGAGUGGCUCCAGGCGGCCUCUCGGGGGCGUUAGAGGGCAUGGUGCCCGGUGGGGUCCCCAUCGCCCACACUCUGCCCUCUGGUACACACCCUUCCCAGGCCCCGUCACCAAACCAGCCCUCCAAACACGGCGAGACCAGAGAGCACCUCACUGAGCAAUAGCAGAAGAGGGGAUCCGAGCAGCGAACAUCUCAUCUGACAACGCUCAGAAAACCAACCGAUCACGAAGUAAACCGACCAACCUGGGGACCAAGAGACAGUGAAAAACGACACAAAGCGGCUGCCUGUUGAACCAGCCUGGAAAUGGGAACUAAGGAAGUGUUACGGGGAAUUUGUACUUUUAAAGUUUCGGUUUUUACUCUGUCUGUUUGAGUUCUGUACCGACUUUACUCUUUGAUGAUGUUUUUGAGGUUUGUUUUUUUUUCUCCUCCACCUUCGGGACAUGCCUAUGAUUGUGGACACAGAGUCCAGUGCUUUUAGUGCUCCAGGAUUACCUGAUAAGACUCUGUUCUGCCUACCCUAUACAAACCAGAGCUCGUGGGAAAUAUAGGCCCACUUCUCAGAAGAACAGAAAAAAAGACCAUCCUGUGCUACUGGACCUCAUUCAUCCCCCUCCUGAACUCCAAACACCUUUCCAAUCCCUCCUUUAUGUAACAAGUGUGCGUUGAUUAGAUUUCCCCCCAUUUAAGGCUCAGAAAAGAUUUUAUUUUGUUUUCUUUCUUUUAGUGUGAAUGAUUAAGAAUUUAUCAACAUAUAUCUAUUUAUCAUUCAAAUAUACAUGAGAUUUGUCAUCAGUUCUAAUAAUCUAUAGUGAUUUUCAACCCUUUCCUGGCAGCAAUUCACAGCUGCAAUAUCAACAUCACCACUAGGGGGUCACUUUUAUACUUUGGAGAUGUCCACUUUUUGGUAGGUAAACAAUAUGAGGGUUAAGUUUUAAGUUAUACACAGAGGUUUAUAACUACCUCGGUUUUUAAAAAGGGGACCUGCAACUACCAUCAAUGAUCAUUCAGGUUCCUGAGUAAAUUCACUGCUGGCAGGAAAGGGUUAAAGCACACUUCAGUUCUUAACUCAGGAAAAACACUUUUUUGCCGAUUUCCUUCCCAUUAAAUUUUCAUCGCUUGAGUUGUAAAAAAGAAAAAGAAAGUUAAGACUAAUCCGGUUAGUCUGAAUAUGUUCUCUCCUCCAUCAUCCUCUCCAUUGUGGUAUUUUUCUAUACAAGGUGCAUCAUAUGUUUUUGGUGUUAAAGAGUUUUGAGGAGUCCUGUUAGAUUUGUAUUGCCUAGUUAAAUGUUCCUAUAACCAUAGUCCUAUGUGAUCCAUCCUCUCUCUCCUCUCUCCUUACGGUUUCUUUGUUCUAUUCAAGGCCUGGUUCUUUGGGGAAGGGGGGGGUCGUCCUGUACUCUGUAAGAGCAAUAGCUGAAACUCCUUAGUGUCCCGACAAUAGCGGAAGAGGCAGCCAGCAGUAUGUUUUUGUUUUUAGUGUGAGUAUUUGUAUUUGUUUCUUGUACAAGGUGAACAUUUAGCAUUCAGUACAGUUCAAAUAAAGAGAUGAUUCAGAGA